GGGCAGCGACGCGGCGAUGCUGCUGUGGCGGCGCUUGGCGGCCGCGGCCCCGCGGCGGCUCUCGGCGGCCGCGCCGACACAGGGACCGGCCCCGGGGCAGACGCCGGGGCAGACGCCGGGGCGAAACGGCGAUGGCGGCGGAGCCCUACGGCCACUCUACAUGGACGUCCAGGCCACCACCCCCAUGGAUCCCAGAGUGCUGGACAGCAUGCUGCCCUACCUGACAUCCUACUAUGGCAACCCCCACUCCAGGACCCACGCCUACGGCUGGGAGAGCGAGGCUGCCAUGGAGAGGGCCCGGCGGCAAGUUGCAGAUUUGAUAGGAGCCGAUCCAAGGGAAAUUAUAUUUACCAGUGGUGCAACUGAAUCAAAUAAUAUGGCAAUUAAGGGUGUUGCAAGGUUCUAUAAAUCCAGAAAGAAGCACAUCAUCACCACACAAACAGAGCACAAGUGUGUGUUGGAUUCCUGCCGCUCUCUGGAGACAGAAGGGUUCCAGGUCACCUAUCUACCUGUCAAAAAAAAUGGGCUUAUAGAUUUGAGGGACCUGGAGGCUGCGUUCCAGCCAGACACAAGUUUGGUUUCUGUAAUGACUGUGAAUAAUGAAAUCGGAGUGAAGCAGCCCAUUGGUGAUAUUGGUGAGAUCUGCCGAGAGCGGAAGGUUUUCUUCCACACAGAUGCUGCACAAGCCAUUGGUAAAAUUCCUGUGGAUGUCAACAACAUGAAAAUUGAUCUCAUGAGCAUCAGUGGCCAUAAAAUUUAUGGGCCUAAAGGUGUUGGGGCCAUCUACGUUCGCCGUCGGCCGCGCGUCAGGCUGGAGCCCCUGCAGAGUGGAGGAGGCCAGGAGAGAGGGCUGCGCUCUGGGACUGUGCCCACUCCGUUGGCAGUAGGGCUGGGGGCAGCAUGUGAAGUGGCACAGCAGGAGAUGGAGUAUGACCAUAAGCGGAUCUCCCAGCUGGCAGAGAGACUGGUUACAAAAAUCAUGAGCCAAGUUCCUGAUGUGGUUAUGAAUGGAGACAGAGAGCAUCGCUAUCCAGGAUGCGUCAAUUUAUCUUUUGCUUAUGUGGAAGGGGAGAGUCUUCUGAUGGCUCUGAAAGACGUGGCUCUGUCUUCAGGAAGUGCCUGUACAUCAGCUUCUCUGGAGCCUUCCUAUGUUCUGCGGGCCAUUGGAACAGACGAAGACUUGGCUCACUCCUCUAUAAGGUUUGGCAUUGGUCGUUUCACGACAGAAGAAGAAGUGGAUUACACAGUGCAGAAGUGCAUCCAGCACGUGAAGAGGCUGAGGGAAAUGAGCCCCCUCUGGGAAAUGGUGCAGGAUGGAAUUGACCUCAAAAGUAUUAAAUGGACUCAGCACUGAGAAAACUCUGCUCUCCAUGGGCUAAUUGUGGAUGAAAAUGCAUUUUCUGUACAUUCCUGAACAAAUUACGUAGCACUUCUGGUUUUUGACACUUGCAGUUUGACUGGAAAAACACCCUUUGUGAUUGCAAAGUCUAACAAGCCAAAACCAAACCUAAGCUUUAUGCUGGAACAAGGCAGGAUGAUGUAACACCCAGAAAUUUAUGCUAAAACAUAAUCUAUUGAGAAAUGUGUUUGCUAAUAAGGGAACGAAAUGGGUGUGUUGCUGCAGGGCCCUUAGGGAAGGCUUUGUGUCAGGAUGGGACACCCUGGGGCUCCUCAGAGGCCUUGGGCUGGGACAAAUCCUGACAGGAACAAGUUUGGCAUUUCUAGAGAAAAGGGAUGCCUCAGGGUGGUGAUGUGCCUUCACAGAUGAGCUGUAUGUGCAGUUAAGGACAACUAUUUUUUCUGAAACUGAGUAUUUUUGUUUGUUUUGCCUUGGUUUUAUCUUUUUUUUGGGUGAUGCUUGUACAGACUAGUGUGCAUUCAUCCAAAGGAUCCUUCUGUGCUAUAGAGUUUGACACAAUGAUGCACUUUUCUGUCACCUCCAUUGUGCUUUUUUUUCAUGUAGUUUUUUGCAAGUAAGGGAAGAGAACUUGAAGGGCUGGGGAGGGGACAGGCAGAGCGUGUCCACUUCAGCUGCAGGGAGGAACAGGUGUGGUUGGGAGAGGAGAUCAAGUGCAAUAUCUGACUGCAGACUGGGAAUUUGUUGUCAUUUUGGGCUUCUUUCCUUCCCUUGUGAUGAGUCUUUUGCUCUUUCUCAGUUUCCCUCUGCCACUUCAGGAGUGUUGCCCAGUGGAGCCUGGCUGUUUUGUCUGGAGAUAACCUGUUGCUCUGGGGUUCUCUCUGUGUGACUGUACUUCUGCCGACCUAGAGGCUCACAUGGGGAUCCACACUCUGCAGAAGCUGAGGGAAACGUCUGGUAAAAAGGGUUUGAGGAGAUAAAUUCACGUUGGUGUUUUUCCUUUCUUACCUUUGUUGAUCAGUAGGACACUUGACCCUGUGUUUUAAGUGCCUUUGUGGCAGUUGCCCAAGCAGCCAGCUCUCAGUUUGGUGUCUCUGACUGACGGCUACUGUGUAACAUGCCCUGCAGACAGAACAGGAUGGGACCUGCCUGGGGACCAGCUGUGUCGUGGAAAAACUGAAGCUCCAUCUCUCCAGACAGGUUGUGUCACAGAAGCUUCUGGGUUUUUUUGUUGUUGUUACCAAGGUCAAGAUUUGGUUGGUUGUAAUGCAAAGCUAAUCCUCAGUUGUUCUGUUUGAAAUGAUUAGCUUUAGCAGAUUUAAUAUCGUAGGGCUAGCACCUUGUAUUUCAUCAGCAUGUUUUGAAAGCUGCCGUGUGCACCAGCAGGUUUCAGAGAUGUGUGUGCCCUGUGUCCUCCUUGGGCCAGAAAUGUUUUCUGGACAGUGAUAACAGCAUGUUUUAGAACUGUAUGUUUAUGAAAUUGUUCUUUGUGUUUCAUGGAUGAUAAAAAAAUAUAGAUAAGACUCAGACUUG